ACUACAUAAAGUCCUCUAGAAGUGGCAAGUCCUAGAGCCAAUAGAAUUUGGCAUAUGUGCGUCACAACCAUAGGCAUGGUUCAGCAAAGCUGCCUCCUGCAGGCCACACUAUCAGUUAUAAAGUAGUCUCAAUCCUACCCUGUCACUCGCGGUCUUCAAAGAGCUAGCAGGCAAGGGGAGAGGAUCCUUGUGGGAAAGUUUCUAAGAACUGUCCCAUUAAAGUUAGACUGCAGGACUCCUAACACCAGGUCCAUCUCAUCUGCUCCUCCACAUGGGCAUCCCUUGUCCUAGGGCCUUGAUACCUGCCAGAGGACAUAGAGGCAAGCUGCCUGUUAGCAAACACCAGACUGGACUGGGGUAUGGCUCAGUGAAAAAUGCCUACCAAGUACAAGGCUCCGGGAACUAUGCCUAACAGUCUAAAACAAAAACCAUCAGUAAGACCAGUCAGUCACCUUUUACCACACAGAAAACCAAUAAAGCAUGGCUACCAGGUGAGCGUCCCCCAGGCUCGCUCCCUAAGGAGGACAGUUCAGCCCUUUUUGGGGAACACCCCAGAAGCGAGCAUCUAUGUGAUCUUGUGAAGACAACGGCUCAGUGGCAGGGCAAAGCUGAACAAAAUCUUAAAGCUCUCCUGAUAGCAACACCAACUCAUAUGGAAGGGGGCAAGCCAUGGUCAUACCACAACUAAGCCAGACCUCAGAGUUCCUAAUCAGCCAAAACCCUCUACCAAUGCCAAGCCCACAUGGAUACCACGGAGACGUCAGGAGCUGGUGCCCCACCAGAAGCCAACUGGGUACCUCUGAGGGCACCUGGCUGCCACUGUUGUUCUUCAACAGUGGAGAGAAGAGUAUUUAGUUCCCAUGGAAUGCAAUACUACCCACGCAAAGUAGACAGCCUCGGAGAUGAGGCUGCCGGAUCCAAACAAACAAAGGCUUCCUAUAUAAGGAGCAGCCAGGAAGCAGGCACCACAACCCUAGGCAUUCCAGGUAGGCUCUGUGCUAUGUGUUUAUGUGUGUUCGUGUAUGUGUGCUCACAGAGGUCUAAAUUUCUCACUACUGGCCAUUUACUUACUUUCUCUGAGUGUCAGUGAGCUCAACGAACAAAGGGGACAGUGGCCAACCCGUCUGGCUGCCGAGACAAAGCUGGAUAAAGAACUAAUGAGCUCCAUCAGGCUUCUGAGGGCUUAGGACAAGCGCACUAGGAUGGACGCCGCGGCCGUCCAGCACACCAUGCUAUGCCUCAACAGUUUAGAAAAGGCAGAACUCAGUCUUCUGCUCUCCCAGCCUUUUAAGACGGGGACGCGAGAGCCUUGUUUCACUCAGUACUCCCCACUCCAGGCUCUACCACCCUUCCUUCUACAAGUUUGCUGGGUUCCAACCCAAACAAAAUCUAAGACAUAUCAUGCAGAUGAGGUAUGCUAACAGAAGACCCUCUCUUCCCAGGGCCAUCUGUCCCCACCACGAAAGCUAUGCCGUCUUCAGGGACCAUCUGCAGUCUGCUACUCCUCAGUGUUCUCUGGAUGGAUGUGGCCAUGGCAGGCUCCAGCUUCCUUAGCCCAGAGCAUCAGAAGGCCCAGCAAAGAAAAGAAUCAAAGAAGCCACCGGCAAAACUGCAGCCACGAUCUCUGGAAGGCUGGCUCCAGCCAGAGGGCAGAGGACAGGCAGACGGGACAGAGGAGGAACUGGAGAUCAGGUUCAACGCUCCUUUCGACGUUGGCAUCAAGCUGUCAGGAGCUCAGUACCAACAGCAUGGCCGGGCCCUGGGGAAGUUUCUUCAGGACAUCCUCUGGGAAGAGGUCAAAGGUGAGUCAAUCUGAAAUGGAGGUUAACCUAUU